CCGGUUUGCAGUGUCUGAGCGGGGGGGCCUGGUGGUCGCGGGGCCCGUGCUGCCCGCGUUCUCCGAAAGGCCAGCGCGGCCGGGGGAGUCUGGCCUAGGCGUCCGCGUCGCCCGGUGCGGGCGGGAUGGCUGCGGAAGAGGAGGACGAGGUGGAGUGGGUCGUGGAGAGCAUCGCCGGGUUCCUACGGGGCCCGGAUUGGUCUAUCCCCAUCUUGGACUUUGUGGAGCAGAAAUGCGAAGUUUUCGAUGAUGAAGAAGAAAGCAAAUUGACCUAUACAGAAAUUCAUCAAGAGUACAAAGAGCUAGUUGAAAAGCUGCUAGAAAGUUACCUCAAAGAAAUUGGAAUUAAUGAAGAUCAAUUUCAAGAAGCAUGCACUUCCCCUCUGGCAAAGACGCGCACAUCACAGGCCAUUUUGCAGCCUGUGCUGGCAGCGGAAGACUUUACCAUCUUUAAAGCAAUGAUGGUCCAGAAGAACAUUGAAAUGCAGCUUCAAGCCAUCCGAAUAAUCCAGGAGAGGAAUGGUGUGUUACCCGACUGCCUGACUGAUGGUGCCGAUGUGGUCAGUGACCUUGAACAGGAAGAGAUGAAAAUUCUGAGAGAGGUCCUCAGAAAGUCAAAAGAAGAAUAUGACCAGGAGGAAGAAAGGAAACGAAAAAAGCAGUCACCAGAGGCUAAAAUGGAAGAAGCACCAGUAUAUGCUAGUGAAGCUGCAGCAAUGGAUAAUUCCCAAGGGGAUGGCGAGCAUUUUGUACAGCCGCCCUCAGAAGUUAAAGUGCAUUUUGCUAAUCAGCCAGUACAACCCUUGGCAAGAAAGAUGGAGCUGUUGCCUGAAAGUCCCUCGCUCCCACCAAGAGGUCUGAAGAUUCCGAGCUUAGAACAUGCAAGCAUGGAAGGACCGAUAGCGAAUUUGUCAGGACUUGGAACAGAAGAGUUACGUCAACGAGAACACUAUCUCAAGCAGAAGAGAGAUAAGCUCAUGUCCAUGAGAAAAGAUAUGAGGGCAAAGCAGAUCCAGAAUACGGAGCAAAAAGGAAAGCCUACCAGGGAGGUGGAGGAAAUGACAGAGAAGCCAGAAAUGACAGCAGAGGAGAAACAAACAUUAUUAAAGAGGCGAUUGCUUGCAGAGAAACUUAAAGAAGAAGUUAUUAAUAAGUAAUAUUAAAAAUUAGCAAAACAGAAGCCUAAAUUUUCUUAAAAAUAAAUUAUUUAAUCCUUAAACAAAGACUGUUAAGUUUCAAGCAAAUACUUGCUUUUCUAAAUGCAACUGUAAGCUCACUACUAUUAUUUCAAACAGGUAAAGGGCAAGAAGGAAGGCAAUUUAACAGAAACUUCUGCCUAAAGCCAGGUAGGGUGGUGCAUGCCUAUAGUCCUUUGCACCCAGGAUGCUGAAGGAGGAGGAUCAGGAAGGACCUCAAGAUCCUUCUUAGUGACAGCAAAUUGGAGGCCAGCCUAGAUUACAUGAGUCUGUCUCAAAUAAAUAAAUUUAAAAUAAAUUUAAAUAAAGUAAAUAAAUAAAUUUAAAAAUAAAA